UUUGCCUUGAAAUCUGACAUUUAACUCAAAUGGUUGGAAAUGAGCAAUUAUUGUUUUCUCAGAUUUUCUUGUGUUGGUGUGUGUUUGUGUUACUUAGUUGGUAGUGGCUGUGUUUUAUUUUCAUUUUUUACAUUUUGCGCUACCCAUCUGGUGAUGCCUCAGAAAGGAGAAAAGAAGAAGAAGAGAAAGAAAAUGUCCAACACAGACACACUGCAGGAGCAACGAAAGAACAAGAAGGAGAUGGAGUUUGAGCUCAAACUUGCCAGAGAGAAGGAAGAAAUGCAAGAACGGGAAAAACAACUGAAGAUCAAUCGGCUGGUUCAGGAGGUCUCAGAGACUGAAAGGGAAGACCUGGAGGAGUCUGAGAAAGUGCAGCACUGGGUGGAGCGACUAUGUCAGACUCGGUUGGAGCAGAUUUCUUGUGUGGAGAAUGAAUCCCCAGAGCUCUCCCCACCUCGUUCUCCUGGCUCAGAGCCAAGGGUGAAGCAUUUUCCUGGUGGUUUCAACCUUGCAACCACUGAUCUGGACGACAUUAACCUGGAUGAAGUGGACCAGAGCCUGAGGGGACCUCUUAAAAAACUAGUCCCGACUCAGCCCACCUCAAACCAACCUCCACCUCCCUUGCCUCGCCCCCCACCCUCACCCAAACUAAAUCCUACAAUCCCUAAGUACUCCCCGCCCUUAUCUCGAGUUUCCCCACAGCGCCGGCCUCCUUCUUCCCCCAGUCCGAGGAAGCCUCCAUCCACUUUGACAAACAGGGAGCGCAAGCCUCGCGCACAUCCCCAACACACACAACCAGGCCGCCCGUCUCCCUCCAACUACCCUCUGCCAUCUCAAACGUCACGCCCCCCAUCUUCCCCCCAACCCACGCCACAUCCCCGUCCUCCACCUCCCCCUCCUCCUCCACCACCUCCUCCUCCCCCUCCUCCCCCUCAGCACUCUGAAGAACGUGACUACCGGAAGCAUCACCACCACUUCCAACGUCCUCCCAGCCUUCCCGAACACAGGAGUGAGUGGGAAACAGGUGGCUACCUCCCCAGAGGGGGGAUUUAUGCAUCCAGCACCAGUGAAAUGUCUCAGCCCUCAAGUCCAAAGGUGAUGAGAAACACCUCCCAUGUCAGUCAUAUUUCCAGUUCAAGCAGUCAGCUGCAGCUGGCUCCCAGUCCCCCUAACCAGAGGCGACAAACGGCUCCCGUCAUGUCAAAGCCCGUCAUGCUGCCGCAGUCGCAGGCUAACCGGCCAGAUCCGCUCCGACCUGCUGUCCGUUCUGAUGGCCUGCCUCCAGAAAUGCUUAAACGGAUGGUGCCUUUCAACUCGUCUUUCAAAUCAAACAACAAACAAGUAAACAUUUCUUCCUGUACUUUCCCUGUUAUGCUUGAGUGCGGCCUUCCUUUUCUAGUUUGACCUUUUCGUCUCCCUGACUGGACCCUUCGUGAUGGCUUUUGCAUGUUUUUUUCCUGUUUUCUCUCUGCAGCAGUUGUACCCCUGCUUUUUUGAUGAAGUGCUUCAUGCAUGAAUGCAUUUUUAUUGAUUGGGAGAAAACUGUAGAGGCCUUGAACAUGUUGUUUAGUAUGGGAAUGCAUGUCAUGUGGCUGCUGUGUCACUAGGGAGAUUAAUAAUGUUUUUCUUGCAAAAGAUGGUCUUACCUCCUGAAUUCACUACUAAAAAUGCUGAUUGAAAACUGUGAGUGUCUGUAAACCUGUCGUCAGAAGUCAGCUCUUUAUGCAUUACAACGGGACAGGAAUUGCUUUUUUCCUAUGGGUUUCAUUAAAUUUAUAUGAUAUUGCACAUGCAGGAGGAGGCAUGCUAACUCAAGUCAUUUAUACUCAUAAUAAAUAAGAACAAAGGCAUAUAUGGUGUUAUUUUUACAUCAUAGAGCAUUUGUGCAGCAACUGGAAAUGAAUUGCUAGAUUAAUGUUUUUUUUUUUUUUGUACUGGAAACUCUGGACUGAAUAAAUGUGAUUUACUCACCCUGAGAGCUUGGUUCUGUUUCCUUCUUCCUCCUGUAAAAUGAAAUUGCUGCAGACUUGAAGCGGAUCUGUGUUAUUUCCUUCUGUGGUUGAACGGUGAAUCAGUCUUGAUAAAAUGUGUCAGAUUAUUUUCAAUUUGUGAGAAACUUUGAGGUUUUUCAGUGUUGAGGCUUAUCUUCAGACCUUUACACUGAACUGGUUGUUGUCAAAGGAAAUCUGACCUCUUGUCACACAACUCGUCUUCACUAAAUGUUGUCUUCAUUCGCUCUUUGUGUAUUCACUGUAAAUUAAUUACAUAUUGAUAUUUUUG